CAUUACAGAACAAUUUUGAAUCUGGUUCAACAGCGACCGUGGUCUUGAUAGCUGAUGGACAAAUUAUAUCUGCCAAUGUUGGAGAUUCAAAAGCUUUUCUGUGCUCCGAAGGAUAUAAUCUGCACCAUCGAAAUAGUUACGUUUCAUUCUUCAGUUUUUUAGAUUUCAGAUGUACCAGCCUAGUUGAAUAUUGAAAAACCCUCGACCUGCGGGGGGUAAGACAGCCCCCAAACAUUAUAUUAAGAAGAAGACCUUCUCAUAGAGGUCGAGAAAACCCCUGAAAUCCUGCCCCACCCAUACACAACGGCACCAUAGCCCAUGUGAGAAACGACCGCGACUGGGACUGAGCCUUAGACUGUGCUUUGGCUUGGGACAAACAAGGGGAUUUUUUUAACCACGACUUGGAAUUCGCUCCCAUGGGGAGUCGAGCUCAGGACAGUUAGAGGCCCUUUUGCCUAGUUGAAUAUUGAGUCACCUCUACUAGAUGGUGUUAAGGCCCAUAAGGCCCAUAUGCCUAUAUAUAUGCUACAGUACCUGAGGGGGCUCUCACCUCACCUAAUCCAGGUUAGUCACAUGGUAUCAGAGGAGGUUAGGGUUAGGGUUUAUGUCUAAACUCGAUCCGGAUCCAAAUUUUUGGCGCCGUCGCUGUGCUGCCAUCUCGUCCAGCUCUCCGGCCUGCCGUCGCGGCCACCUCUUCCCUCCUCUGCCGCCGUCGUGCGGUCUUCCCCAUCCCCCAUCCCGCAGCCCUCUGCCGGAUCUAGGCCUGCGCCGUCCGCCGCCAGGGCGGGAUCUCCGCCGCGUAGUCCGUCGCCAGACCUGCGCCGUUCGCUGCCAGAGGAACUCGGUCGCCGCUCUCUCCUUCACCGUCCGCCGCCAGGGGCCGCGCGUCCUCAGCCGGCGCCGUCCGCCGCGGCCUUCCAGUGGCAGAGCGCCAUCGAUCUGUGGCCAGGGAUCUCGCCGUCCUCGCCGUCCUCUGCCAGGGGCAGAGCGCCGUCGAUCUGCGGCCACCGGAUCUCGGCCUGCGCAAGUUCUGCGGAUCUGCUCUGCCGGAAAUUGGCGCAUCUCGCCGUCCUCUGCCAGGGACCGGAUCUCGGCCUGCGCAGUCCGCUGCUAGGGACAAGUUCCGCGGAUCCGCUGCUCUGUUGGAAAUCUGCACCGGCCGUCGCUGUUGCGGACAGGGCCGCGGAUCUGCGACGUCACUGCUCCCGCCAGCCGCUGUUCAACUCGGCUUCCGCGCCCAGGACCCCCGUCAACUCGUCCAAGUCGGGUUGCUCUGGUUUGUUUGGUCUCAGGUCUCCUGUUCUCCCUGGUUUUUGAUUCAAUUCAAUAUGGCGACAAAAGCUAUUGUUGUCAAUAUCACUCUUGAUGGUCAAAAUUAUCCGGAGUGGGCUUUCUGUGUUGAGACUGCACUCCCGGGACAUGGAUUACUCUUCCAUUUGACUGAUGCGGCACCUGUUCUUGCUGAUGAUCGUCGCAAUGUUGCUGAUAUCAAAACGUGGCAGCUUAAUGAUGGUAAAGUGAUGGCUGCUAUGGUGAACAACGUCAAACCGUCUAUGAUUAUGAGUUUGUCUAAAUUCAAAACUGUUAAAGCCAUCUGGUCUCAUUUGAAGGAGCGUUUUGUUCAGGACAGUGGUGCUCUAUUACACACUCUCAUGCAGCAGACAUGUUAUUGAGCAAAAUGAUAUGAGUAUUGAUGAGUACUACUCAACCUUUGAUCGCCUGAUGAGUGCUUUGACAUCAAUGGUGCCUGCUUGUACCGCUGAUCCGUGUCCGGCUCAUAAGUUUAUUGAGAAGUUCUUCACUUACAGAUUUGUUAUGGGCGUUCGGGCCGAGUUUGAUUCUCUUCGUGCUCAUUUACUUCAGGGUUCUGACACUCUCACAAUGGCUAAGGCGUUGUCUGAUUUACUUGCUGAAGAGACUCGUCUUAAUUCUCUGUUCUCUACUGGUGGUAAUCCUCACAGUGUGUUGGCUGCUGCCCAGAAACCUAAGAAUAUUUUUAAGCCUUGUGAUCAUUGUGGCAAGACCAAUCAUCGAUCUGAGCUUUGCUUUGUCAAGUUCCCUGAUAAGUUGACUGAUUUCCGUGCACGACGUGCUGCUCGUGGUCGUGGUCCAGGACCAUCUAAUAGAGGCUCAGUUGCUGUUGCUGCCACUUCGUCCGCCUGUACUUCAGAGUCGGCCUGGGUACUUGAUUCAGGAGCUUCCUUUCAUGUCACAUCUGAUCAGUCAAAGUUGGCUUCUACUACACCUGUAACAGAUGGUGCUUCAGUGCAGACAACUGAUGGACCUUCGCACAGGGGAAGUGAUUGGGACUGGCCGUUGCCGUAGAGCUGCUCCUCGCCUCUACAUCUUGGACUCUUUGCGGCUUCCUUCCUUGGCUACAUCUCCAGCGCAUGUGCUUUCAGCUACCGUUGCUUCUGUUGCGUCUUUUGCCCAGUGGCAUCAUCGUCUAGGUCAUUUGUGUGGAUCUAGAUUGUCUACUCUAAUAAAGUCAGGUUGCUUAGGUCAUACUUCGGUUCAGUCUGAUUUUCAUUGUAAGGGUUGUCAUCUUGGAAAACAAAUACAACUUCCAUAUUUUACUAGUCAUUCUCAUUCUGUUGAACCCUUUGAUUUGGUUCACUCUGAUAUUUGGGGUCCUGCACCUUUUGUGUCAAAAGGUGGAUAUAAAUACUAUGUCAUUUUUAUUGAUGAUCA